AUGCCGCAAGAACCAGCAGCAGCAGCGACGACAGCAUCUUCACCCUUCUACCAGCGAGCAUUUCCCCUCCUCCCCGCCUCCACUACAAAAACAGCCCUUCUUCUAGUCGACAUUCAGAUCGGUCUCAACACACACGACACGCCUUACUACGGCCGUGAGCGCUCCAACCCAGCCUUUGAAACCAACAUCUCCGCUCUACUCGCCGCCGUCCGAGCAUUCAACGCUAGAUCGCCCUCGACCUCGAUCACGGUCAUUCACGUCUACCAUCGCUCCUCCCGUUCGGAAUCACCUUUGUACCCUGGCAAAGCCAGUGCGAAGAUCAUGCCCUGUGCCGCGCCUGAGGGCGACGAGGCCGUAAUCGCCAAAACAGCAACCAGCGCGCUCGUCGGAACAGAGCUAGAAGCGAAGAUUCGCGAAGCAGGCACCCAGCAGCUCCUGAUUUGCGGCAUCGCCACCGACCAUUGCGUGAGCACUACCGUGCGUGCGGCUGCGGACCUGGAGGUCUGUGUCGACGCCGGCGGGGAAAGCAAGACCACGAGAGACGGGGUUUGGAUCGUGGAUGACUGUUCGGCUUGUUUUGACAAUCACGGGAGCUUCGACGCGGAGGUGGUGCACAAGGUCAAUGUGGAGAGUCUGAGAGGGGAGUUCUGUGAGGUUACGCUUGGUGAGGAGGUGAAGAAGGUGAUGCUCGCUUGA